UUUGAAGCUGAACAUUUUUGGAGGGAGUGACUGACAUUUGAACGGCUCUGUCACACACACCGGAUGAGCACCCUUCCCUUCCUGCUAUCGCCGGGUUGGUGUGUGUCUUCCUUCCGGCUUGCCGAAGAAAGUUGAGGGGGUUCAGCGGUAACUGGGCUUUAACAUAAUGGACAGCCAGGGAAGGAAAGUGGUGGUCUGUGAUAAUGGGACCGGGUUUGUCAAGUGCGGCUAUGCAGGAUCCAACUUCCCAGAGCACAUCUUCCCUGCGCUUGUUGGGCGGCCCAUUAUUCGCUCGACAGCCAAAGUCGGAAACAUUGAGAUCAAGGACUUGAUGGUGGGGGACGAGGCCAGCGAGCUGCGCUCCAUGCUGGAGGUCAACUACCCCAUGGAGAAUGGCAUCGUCAGGAACUGGGACGACAUGAAGCACCUGUGGGACUACACCUUUGGCCCAGAAAAGCUCAACAUCGACUCCCGCAACUGCAAGAUCUUGCUGACCGAACCACCCAUGAACCCUACCAAGAACCGCGAAAAAAUCAUCGAAGUGAUGUUUGAGACCUACCAGUUUUCAGGAGUCUACAUUGCUAUACAAGCUGUGCUGACGCUCUAUGCCCAAGGCCUUCUGACCGGUGUGGUGGUGGACUCGGGUGAUGGUGUGACACACAUCUGUCCAGUGUAUGAGGGCUUUAGCCUGCCUCAUCUGACAAGACGCCUGGACAUUGCAGGCAGGGACAUCACCCGCUACCUCAUCAAGUUGUUGUUGUUGAGGGGUUACGCCUUCAACCACUCUGCGGACUUUGAGACGGUGCGCAUGAUGAAGGAGAAGCUGUGCUACGUGGGCUACAACAUCGAGCAGGAGCAGAAGCUGGCCCUGGAGACCACCGUGCUGGUGGAAUCGUACACACUGCCAGAUGGUCGUGUGAUCAAGGUGGGAGGAGAGCGGUUUGAGGCCCCCGAGGCUCUGUUCCAGCCCCACCUCAUCAACGUGGAGGGUGUCGGAGUGGCGGAGCUCCUCUUCAACACCAUCCAGGCAGCUGAUAUAGACACCAGGUCCGAGUUCUACAAACACAUUGUGUUAUCAGGAGGAUCCACUAUGUACCCGGGCCUGCCCUCUCGGCUGGAGAGGGAACUCAAGCAGCUGUACCUGGAACGUGUGCUCAAGGGAGACGUGGACAAGCUUUCGAAAUUUAAGAUCCGGAUCGAGGAUCCUCCCAGGCGAAAGCACAUGGUGUUCCUGGGCGGAGCCGUGCUGGCCGACAUCAUGAAGGACAAGGACAACUUCUGGCUGACCCGGGAGGAGUACCAAGAGAAAGGAGUCCACGUGCUGGAAAAACUUGGAGUCACCGUCAGAUAAAGCGAUGGACGGACAGACCGCGCGCACACACACACACACACACACACAUAUAUACAAACACACAUAUACAAACACAUACAUAACAUACACGCAUCCCCCCCUCGCCCACAUCGCAGAGUAUAUAUCUAUUUAUCCCUCGUCUUCUCUCUUUCGGCUCUUGAUACUACUCAAACAUCAGAGGGAGUCAGGCCGCCUCCUCCUCCUCCUCUCUUCUCUGCCUCUCUUCUCUCCUGGUUUGGAAUUGGCUCACGCUUUUCCUCGCAAGCCCACGAGAACCAAUUCCAUCUUAGCAGAUUUUACUCUGAAACCCCACCUUUACUUAAACCAUGAAUCUAAAGGUUAAUGUUGACCUUCUAGUGUAUUUUUGAAUUUGAUGUUCACUGAAGGUUAAAACCAGGGUGGGAAACUCUGCUUAUUAACCUCCAAAUAUUAAACUUGGCAGGUUAAACCAUCAGCCACUGCAGGGAGUGCUUUUAGAAAGUUGAGUUUCCUCCCCUGAUUAAACCUCCGGAAGGGGAUAAAUUGAUACAAAGCUUCUGUAAAUCUGUAUUAUCACAAUCAGGGUCCACCACAAACAGCCACGGGCCGCUUUCAGCAUCUGUUCCAGGUGAGCGAGAACUGAUCACAUUUUUAUGUCUGUUUUUUAUAAAAUGAUAUCAUGACUUUUUUCUUUUCUGGGAGAGGGAUUUCUUUUUGUUGUGCUUUUCCUUUUUUUGUUGGAGUUCAAUUUAAUCUAACUUUAUUUUUUUCAUUGACAUUUUCUUUUGUUGCUGUGCACUACUACCAUUGUAAAUGGAGUGUAUACCGAAGUUGCUCCACGUUUUUAUGAAGAAUUGAUGGUUGAUUUAUAAAGGGACAAAUGCACAAAAGGAACGCCCCUGAGCUUGACAUCGGGUGUGUGACGGUACUUUGGGGUCUGUGGGGUGUGAAACGAGGAUGGGAUGUUGAGGGGGAGUGAUGCUAUUUGUUCCUCAUCAGACAGCCUCGCCCCUGCCUCCUCUCUGUGAAAAUCUCAAGCAGAACGACCGUGUGUAAGCAGUUGUAGCAUUAUUACAAACUGACGACCCGUCGUAAUCCUUCAGUUCCACCACAGCACGGAGGCAGUCGCGGGUUGGCGAUGAGAUUGAUUUGAAACUGGACGCAGAUCACCGCAAAAGUGGGACAAAAUAAAACGGUAUUAUAUCGACGUAGAAAUACUGUUGAGACCAUAUUUAAGUUCUCCAGUCCUUGGUUCCCAACGGUUGACUUAAUGAUUACUGGAGGCACUUCAACUUUGAGUAUGACAUUUUUUUUAUUUUUUUUUUCUCUUUCUGUGAACGUCUAUCCAGUGCCAAGUGCAGAUCAUGUUAACUGGAUCUAAUGUUUUAAUGUCUUUCUUUUGUCACCGUUUUUGUUUUUAUUUUCCUGUGUUGUUCAUAGCAUAACUGCCUAACGCUGAUUUAAAUAAAGAAAAGUGAUUUAUAAGGA